GCGCAGGUGCGGUGAAGUGCGAUUGACGAGAGUUCGCGCAGGCGCGUGCCGGCUGGCGGCUGAUGCAACCGAGCAACGCGACUUGUCGGAGGUAGAAGGAGAGGGUCAUUCAUAGUUGGAUCGCUCGGCCGAGCUACACACGUUUCUUGCAGAUUCAGCAUCAUGGGGGAAAACAGAAACAUUAAAGAGAAAGUUAGUCUUAUCACAAGAAACUUGCAGGAGGUCUUGGGUGAGGAUAAGUUGCAUUCCAUUCUGCAAGAACGAGACUUGAGUAUUUACUGGGGAACAGCUACAACUGGAAAGCCUCAUGUAGCAUAUUUUGUGCCAAUGUCAAAGAUUGCUGACUUCUUGAAAGCUGGGUGUGAGGUAACUAUUUUAUUUGCUGAUUUGCAUGCUUAUUUGGACAACAUGAAAGCUCCUUGGGAUCUGCUCCAACUGAGAACACAGUACUAUGAACAUAUUAUAAAAGCAAUGCUGGAAAGUAUAGGUGUACCAACAGAAAAACUCACAUUUGUGAAAGGGACUGAUUAUCAGUUAAGCAGGGAAUAUACUUUGGAUGUGUACAAGUUGUCCUCUGUUGUGACCCAACAUGAUGCCAAAAAAGCUGGUGCUGAAGUAGUUAAGCAAGUGGAACAUCCACUCCUCAGUGGUCUCCUGUAUCCUGGAUUACAGGCUUUGGAUGAAGAAUAUUUGAAGGUUGAUGCACAGUUUGGUGGGAUUGAUCAGAGGAAAAUAUUCACAUUUGCAGAAAAGUACCUUCCGGCUCUUGGGUAUGCCAAGCGUAUUCAUUUAAUGAACCCUAUGGUCCCAGGCCUGACUGGAGGGAAAAUGAGCUCCUCUGAAGAGGAAUCCAAAAUUGAUCUGCUCGACAAAAAGGAAGAUGUAAAAAAGAAGUUGAAAAGGGCAUUUUGUGAACCUGGCAAUGUGGAGAACAAUGGUGUUUUAUCCUUUGUGAGGCAUGUCUUGUUUCCAUUGCAUGGAGAGUUUGUAGUUUUGAGAGAUGAAAAGUGGGGUGGCAGCAAGACCUACACAGAAUAUGAUCAACUUGAAAAUGACUUCCAUGAUCAAACUGUUCAUCCUGGGGAUCUGAAGAAUUCUGUGGAAGUUGUGUUAAAUAAGCUGCUGGACCCAAUCAGGAAGAAGUUUCAGACACCAGAGAUGCAGCAACUAAUCAGAGAAGCUUAUCCUGUACCCAAGAAACAACAAAAGGGAGCUCCCAAAGGACCAGCUGCUGAGAAUGAUGAAAUUGUACCUUCAAGGCUUGAUAUUCGAGUUGGAAGGAUCAUCAGUGUGGAGAAGCAUCCUGAUGCAGAGAGUCUAUACGUGGAAAAAGUGGACGUUGGAGAAGCCCAGCCACGAACAGUUGUUAGUGGGUUAGUGCAGUAUGUUUCUGCUGAGGAGCUCCAGAAUCGAAAUGUUGUAAUGCUAUGUAAUCUGAAGCCACAGAAGAUGCGAGGAAUUGAAUCUCAAGCCAUGUUGCUUUGUGCAUCCAUAGAUGGAGAAAAGCAUAAAGUGGAACCACUAAAUCCUCCAGAAGGCUCUGAACCAGGAGAUCGGGUGUUCAUAGAGGGAUUUGAAAAUGGUACAGCAGAUGAUGAACUGAAACCAAAGAAAAAAGUAUUUGAAAAGUUGCAGGUUGAUUUCAGGAUUUCAGAUGACUGCACUGCCCAGUGGCAGCAGAAGAAUUUUAUGACAAAACUUGGUGCCAUUACAUGUAAAUCACUAAAAGGAGGAAGUAUAAGUUAAUAAAUAAAUCCUACCCGGAAAAAGAGAUUGCUUUUCUUCUGGCAUUCACACUUCAGCUCCAGUCCUGUACAGUAAGGAUAUUAUUGCAGUCUCUCAGUGAGUUGAAACUCAGUCUAUAUCAUCUUCUAGCAGUGAUAUGAAAGAAUGAAAUAUCACGGAAUUGAAUAAAGGUUCUUAAUCCUGGAAUGAUUGCGUUCUCGUAAAUAGUAAUAGUAUCUAAUGUACCAAUUAUCAAUGUGUCACAAUGCAUUUAUUGCUAAUGUGACAUCCUUGCAUAAUUACUGGGAUAAUUUGACACUUGAGUAAUUGGAUAUUAAAGAUCCACCAUCUACUAACUACAAAUUCACAAUCUAUAUUAUCAAUAUUUACAACUUGGUUUCAUUCAUUAAGAGUAAAUUAUGUUCACUCAACCUCAAAGCUUGCUUUGAUUUUAAUCUUCCAUUACUACUACUACUAAUGGGGUGGUGGGGGAGGGUGUCAAUAACGCAGUUAUUUGGUGCUGUCUGUGGGGAGUUUGCAUGUUCUCCCUGUGACUCUGUGGGUUUCCCCCAGGUGCUCCAGUUUCCUCCCACAUCCCAAAAACAUGCAGGUUGGAAGGUUAAUUGGCCACUGUAAAUUGCCCCACAGAUGUAGGUGUGCUGGUAGAAUGUGCGAAGAAUAACAUGCAAUUAAUAUAAAUGCGUGCUUGACGAUUGCUGCAGAUUCCGUGGGCUGGAGGGUCUGUUUCUGUGCUGUGUGACUGUAAAUGAAAUAUUCUUUCCUAAUUGGAACGCUUACUGCAAUUAUAUUGGGCCUUGGUGAGACUACAGCUAGAGUGUUAUAAACAGUAUUGGUCUCUAUAGAGAGAAUGCAAUGAUGAUUCACCAGACUGGUUCCUGGGAAGGCAGGUUUGCUGUAUGAAUAGAGAUGAGUAGACAAGGGUUGAAUUCUGUAGCAUCUAGAAGAAUAUGAGGUGAUAUCACUGAAAUUUUAAAAAAUUCUUAUGGGAUUCAUUGGGGUUAAUGCAGGGAGGAGUUUUUCUCCUGGUUGAGAUACCUCGAAAGUCUCAGAAUAAGGGGAAAGCCAUUUAGGACUGAGAUGAGAAAUUUCUUCAUGCUGAGGAUGGUGAAUCUUUGAAAUCUCAACCCUGCAGGCUUUGUCAUUGAAUUGAUUCAAAACAGAUAUUGUUAGAUUUCUGCAUAUUAAGGGAAUUAAGUGAGGGUGCAGGAAAAUGGAAAUGAGGUAGAAGAACCAUCAUGAGCUUGAGGAAUGGCAGAGCAGACUCGAAGGGCCAGAUAGCUGCCUACUGCUGCUAAUUCUUAUAAAAUGCAAUGUGCAAGAAAAAUGUGUCUAUAACCAGAUUUCAUUGUGUAUAUGUGAUCCAUAUGAUGCAUGUUUAAGCUUGCAACAGUGUAAUUAGAUUGCAUGUUCUAGCACAGGAAUUUGUCACUGGAUCAGAGGUAUCUCCAGCCACCACCAUCUAUGUUAGGCUUUCAAUUUAUUCAGACUCUUAAAUGAUUUGAGACUUUUUUAGUAAAAAGUGCUGUAGAUUUUGUGGAGUGUAAAUGAUAACAUAAUCUAUAAAGUUUAAACAACUGAAAUUGUUGCUUUUCCUAAGAAUUGAUGGGGACCCAGAAAUCCUAUGCUUUACUCUAAAUCCAAGAUGCUUCAAGCUCUAGCUGAGACUGGAAUGUAUCAAUGCACUUGUAACUUAGAUACUCAAAUCACAAAUAAAUAAAUGAAAACAAAUUCUUUAAAAUUUAAA